ACGCUCAGCGCUACGAUCUCGCGGAUCCGCAUUACUUCAAGUCCAAGCCCAUCGACCUACUUAUCGGCGUUGACCAGCUGUAUAAUAUUCUUCAGCAACCGUUCAUCACCCAGCCAAAUGGUCCUACUUUGAUUCCGUCUCACCUCGGUUGGCUUCUCGCUGGUCCUUACUUCACUUCAUCUCUGGUAACGAGCGUGCGGUGUCUUCAUUCUACGCUCUCUCAACCUGAACUCGAAUCCAUUGCGGAGUUCCUCGGGGUCAACGAACCUCCACGAAGUAAGGACAGCAGAUCCGUUGACGAAAUCGAAGCCGAACGCAUUUUCGCCGAAACGCAUCGUAGAGAUCCGAUUUCCGGCCGUUUUAUCGUCACCUUACCUAAGCGCUCAGGUUGCGUUCUAGGUGAAUCACGCCAAUUGGCCAUCAACCAGCUAAAACGCGCCCGAAUCUCAGACGAAUAUCGAGAGUUCCUCCGCGAAUAUGAGUCUCUGGGUCACAUGUCACGUUGCGCUCCUCCAGUUCCAGGUCAAAUCACGUAUUAUAUUCCUCACCAUUCAGUUCAUCAUAAUGGCAAAAUCCGGGUGGUGUUCGACGCUUCGAUGAAGUCUUCAAAUGGCGUAUCCUUGAACGAUAUUCUUCUCGUCGGCCCCACCAUCCAGGCUCCGCUCUUCGUCAUAUUUCUUCGUUUUCGCACGUUUUUGUACGCAUUCACGGCGGACAUAAUCAAGAUGUACCGCCAGAUGUGGGUUCCAGAUGAAGACCGUGACCUUCAGCGCAUUGUCAUUUAUGAGAAUGGUGAAAUCAUCGAUUGCCAACUCAACACGAUUACCUACGGUACCAGCUCCGCUCCGCAUUCGGCAGUUCGCUCCUUGUUUCAGCUUGCCGAGGAUGGCAAGAAGCAGUUUCCAGCGGCGGCGGCUGUAAUCUUGAAAAAUACGUACAUCGACGAUACUCUCGGCGGUGCAGACUCCCUCGAAGCAGUGAAGCAGGUAAUCGACGAAUUGGUAGCUCUUCUUUGUACUGCCGGUAUGGAGUUGAGCAAAUGGCGCUUCUCAGGCGAGCUGGCCGCGCAAACCUCGUUAUGUUCUAGUUCAGUAGGUCGCACCCUCGGAGUUGAGUGGGAUUCCGAAGGGGAUUUCUUUUGUUUUUCGUCUUUGGUUAACUUCGCAUCAUCAGAUAAGGUUCUCACAAAGCGUUCAGCGCUUUCAAAGGUUUCAAGCAUUUUCGAUCCGUUAGGUUUUUCGGCACCAGUUACCAUAACUGGCAAGCUGUUGAUUCAGGAGCUGUGGACUGAUAAUCUCGUUUGGGACGAACCAGUUUCCACAGAUUUUCAAGGUCGUUUCAGUAGUUUCCUUUCCGAUGUCGCCGCAUCAGCGGCUCUUGAGUUUCCUCGUUUUGUCGGUAGUUCGAAGUUUAGUUUAGAAUUGCACGGUUUCUCGGACGCUAGUAAGGAGGCGUGCUCUGCCGUCAUAUAUGCACGAAUUGUCAGUGGAACUGAUCCACCUAUCGUUAGGUUCAUCGCAUCGAAAACGCGCGUCGCUCCGCAGAAACAGCCGCGCACCAUACCAGAGUUAGAGCUAUGCGCUGCAGCUCUUCUCAUCGAAUUGUUCGAUCCAGUCUCAACCACCCUGGGAUGCAGUCCAGAGCAACGUUUCGCCUACACGGACUCCACCAUCGUCCUUGCAUACUUGGCUAAGGAGCCAGGCAAUUGGACUACAUUUGUCGCCAACCGUGUGGCGAAAAUAAUCAAGCAGUUCCCAUCGGAAAAAUGGCGCCAUGUCCCUGGUGAGGUUAACCCAGCGGACAUGGCCACGCGCCGGAAAUCAUCCGCUGAAGUCGAAGCUCGGGCGUCUCUAUGGAUUUCUGGCCCCCAAUUCCUGGCUGAUUCAAGCAUUUCAUUUCCCGUUCCGGUCACAACCAGCGUAUCAUUAGUUUCGCUCAGCGCCAGUGUUCGUCGGCAGUUGCCUGAAGCUCAGAUAGCUUCAUUCAACUACGUUUUUGCACCUGUCUCUCGUUAUGAUCGUCUACAGCGCGCUGCAGCCCAUGUGUUCCGGUACGUGUCGAUUCUGACCAGUCGAAUCCGCAAGCAGUCCAUUCCUACAGGCCCUCUGACCAUUGAGGAAAUGGCCAAGGCCGAAACAUGGCUUCACCAAAUUGCACAAGCCUGUUUCCAAGAAGAAGUUACCCAGCUACGUUUGCAGCAGCCAGUCGGAGCAAAGAGCCAGUUACGCGCAUUGGACCCCCGACUCUACGACGGCGUGCUCCGAGUAGGUGGACGGUUAGAAAACUCAGCGUUGCCGUUCCACCAGAAACACCCAAUCAUCCUGCAUUCAACCCACCGACUUAGUAUUCUUCUCGUCCGUCACGUCCACUACAGAUAUUUUCAUAGUGGAAACAGAUUCACAGCCAAUAUACUACGUUCUAAAUAUUGGUUUGUCGGGGACGUGACGGCGAAAGUGCGCCAAUGCAUCUCUACGUGCGCACGUUGUAUUCGCUUCUCCGGUCGUCCACCAUCCAUUCCUAAAAUGGGCGAUCUCCCAGCCAGCAGAGUCCAGAGCUCUCUGCCGUUCACUCACGUCGGUGUUGAUUACGCGGGUCCGUUCAGCAUCCGGGAAAGGCUACGUUCAACUCGAGGCCCGGCGCGGACCCACAAGGCAUAUUGGUGCCUCUUCGUAUGCAUGUCCACCAAGGCUGCCCACCUGGAGGUGGUCUCAGAGCUCACAACAGCAGCAUUUCUAGCAGCCUUGCAGCGGUUUGUCGGCAGACGGGGCUUGCCUAAUUCAAUCACUUCCGACAACGGUACCAACUUCGUCGGAGCCGACGCUGAAUUGCGCCGGCAAGUAGCAGCCCUCGAGAAGGAUGACGCGGUCCAGAAUUAUUGCGUUUCCCAGCAAGUUACCUGGAAGUUCAAUCCGCCUUCAGCUCCCCACAUGGGCGGGAUUUUUGAAGCGCUCGUAAGGUCAACCAAGUAUCACUUCAAACGUGUCGUCGGCAAUCAGAUACUCACGUUUGAAGAAAUGGCGACAAUUCUCAUUCAAAUUGAAGCUAUCUUGAACUCCAGACCGCUCACUCCGCUCUCGUCUCCAGAUGAAACGCACUUUGAAGUCUUAACACCAGCACACCUCUUAAUCGGCCGCCCCAUCAACGCAGCGCCGUCCGAUUACAAUGACAUUAACGGCUUGUCAUAUUCGAAGAGGUGGCAUCUCCUCAACCAACUUCGCAACUCCUUUUGGCGCCAGUGGGCCCAGGAGUAUCUCCGCACUCUUCAGAAGCGCACCAAGUGGCGCUCUCCAGUUUCUAGACCCAUCCAGAUCGACGAUAUUGUGCUCAUAUCAGACGAGCAGUCUCCACCUCUAGUUUGGCCGCUCGGUAGAAUCACCAAGCUGUAUCCGGGCAAAGAUGGUCAAAUUCGAGUCGUCGAUCUUAGAACCAGAAACGGCGCAUGUCUCCAGCGCCCUGUAGCUAAGUUGAUCCCAUUUGUUAACGGGGUUAAUGAGUGACUCCGUCGGCGGCGGCGGGAUGUUAAGGUAGAUAGGUUCGCAGGUAGGUAGGUGACGAUCUCCGAGCUUGAGUUUUCGGCUCGGAGAUCUCACCGUACCUUGCACCGCGGCGAGUAUAUAGACUGGCUGAUUACGUCAGUAAUAUACUCGUUGCUGGAAGAUAGUUGCGAACGGCGAGCAUGCGAUCUUAUACAUCGUUUGAUCGCCUUCCAUCUCAUCUUCUCGGUGCUAUUUUUAGCUCCGGUGUGCCAGUGCGCUGAUACAGGCAGCCGCUGGUAUUUCCGUUUCUCGCUGCCUUAACCGACGGAUGAGUAAGAUGUACAUAUUUCACAACGUUGCGACGUUGAUUUUUCCCCCUUUUUAUUUGUACGGUCACGUACGCAUUUUUAUAUGUAGAUUUAGUGUAGAUAUUCUUAUGUGUAUUAAUUUAGUCGUCAUAUAGUCUUCGUUUUGUAUAGUCUUUGUAUAGCAUUCGUUUUAGCAUAUCAUGUAGUGUACGUACGCAUUUCAUUUGUUCAUUUUUUAUAUCUUAUGGAGUCAGAUAUUUUUGGUCUUUAUAAUGUAAUUCUGUGUUUUUUGAGUUUCGAGUAAAUGGUAGAAAUAUGUAGCUUUUGUUUUCGU